ACUUUAAGUGGUAGACAGCAAGCCAACGACAGCGACAUGCGCCGCCAACACGUGGCUCAGCACAUUCAGGCUGCAAUAACGCCCAACAUCCCAUGUCUUUAAAUCGUCGCGCACGUCCUCAUCCGAGUUUUGCAGACAUGACUCUCUAGAAGCUCUCGCUCCUGCGUAGCGAUGGCAGAGCAUGAAGUGGUACUAGACCCAGACGGUGAUAUUCUUGUCAUCGUGCCUGGGAAGCGCCUCGAGGCCAUAGCGGAAGAGCCGAGCUCAGUCACUACUGACACUGAUGGUACUAAUGUUAAUGGAGUCGAACAUCCAACGGAAGAUUCCGUAGAAAGGCCGUCAGAGUCUUCAGCGGAAGUCCCAACAGAAGGCCCCGAAAGUACCGAACCGCAUCAGCCCAAUGGAUCCGUGGCACGCGGAGAGGAGCAAUGGCAGUUCAGAGCCUCUUCGAAACAUCUCUCCCUAGCCUCCACGCACGUCAAGAUGAUAAUGUCGGGGGCUAAAGAGACACACGACGAUGGACUGGUGCACUGGAAGUUCGACGGUUUCGACGUCGACGCGAUUUCCAUCAUCCUAAGCGUCAUCCACGGCCUGAAUCGCCGAGUGCCGCGAACAGUCAGUCUUCCAAUGCUAGCCCAGAUUGCUCGCGUGGUGGACCAUCUCGAAUGUCAUGAGGUGAUGGAGCUCUACGCAAGUAUUUGGAUGGAGCACAUCGGAGACCCUGUCCCGAACCCGUCACAAAAGGACUGGGAUGAUUGGAUUUCGGUCGCAGGUGUAUUCCACAGCCCUGAGAUCUUCAAGAAUUGGACACGCGUGGCUAUUAUUCAGAAGCUUACUUGUCCCCCUUCCUUAGAAUCGCCAAUAUUGUUGCAAGCUUACGACGUGAUCAAUCAGCGGCGACAGCUACAUCUUGACAAGAUCGUGUCGUGCGUAUACGAUCAUAUGGAUCGGCUGAGCGAGCAAAAGGUGUGCGCUGGGGAAUGUGAUGCCAUACUACUAGGGACAUUGAUCCGCCAUAUGCGCGCCAACUCACUCCCCAGCAUCCGCCCAGCAUUCCCGUACGAGGGAUUCAGUGUCGGCAGCGUGGUGAAGACUAUCAGGAGUCUAACGGUGCCGGACUGGUAUGGCAGAGUGAGCGAUUCCGAUGAGCACAGACAGAAUCCCUUCGAGUUCUGGGGCGCCACUAAGAAGCCCCCGAAAUCUCUUCACAAAAAGGCCAAAACAAAGGUGAAGAAGAAAGUACAGUCAUCUGACAUGUGGGGAGCUCCGGGACCAGUGGAAGAGUAUGAAGAGUUGGAGGACCUGGUAGUAGUUGAGCAUAAUUGCGGGUUCGACGAACUGCGUGCCCUGGUGAAUGGCUUGGAGUCGGAGAUUCAGGGUCUCGACCUUGAGCAUGAUUUGAGCAUUGGACAGGAAAAAUGAUGUAAGUGUGUGUAAGUGUAUUUGCAGGCCAGGGGUAAUGAAAAAGCCGGCAGGACGAGGAGGGCAUAUUCAUAUUGUUCAACAUUAAUAAUCCGGCGAAUGUAACGAUCAACUUAUUUACACCUCCAGAUUCAAGUUUUGGUUUUCUGAAUUCGUCAUACUACGAGCCAAGGCAGCAAAGCUCCAAAGCUUUGCUGUGAUAGCUAGACUUCUUAUCUAUCUCUCCAGCUAAGUUAGGGAAAAUCCGGCAUGCAGGUUACGAGCUUCUACUACUUUGGGUUCGGCGCGAGUAGAAGGGAAGGCAACGACGCAAUUAUCUGAGGGACCUAAGGUGCAUACCUACUACAUAAC